GAAGGUAGCCCAUUGUAAGGGCUAAUCAUCUGUCAAAUACUUAAUCAUCAUUUGUUCAGAAAAUUUCCUGCAUUGUUCAUGGAGUUUUUCAUCAGUAUGUCUGAAACCAUUAAAUAUAAUGAUGACGAUCACAAAACUGUGUUCCUGAAAACAUUAAAUGAACAACGUUUGGAAGGAGAAUUUUGUGACAUAGCUAUCGUGGUUGAAGAUGUUAAAUUCAGAGCACAUAGGUGCGUGCUUGCUGCCUGCAGUACCUACUUCAAAAAGCUUUUCAAAAAACUGGAAGUUGAUAGUUCAUCAGUAAUAGAAAUAGAUUUUCUUCGUUCUGAUAUUUUUGAGGAAGUUCUCAAUUACAUGUAUACUGCAAAGAUUUCUGUUAAGAAAGAGGAUGUAAAUUUGAUGAUGUCUUCAGGCCAGAUUCUUGGUAUUCGAUUUCUGGAUAAACUCUGCUCUCAAAAACGUGAUGUAUCUAGUCCUGAAGAAAACACACAGUCCAAGAGCAAGUACUGUCUAAAAAUAAACCGUCCUAUGGGGGAACCUAAUGAUACCCAAGAUGAUGAGGUGGAAGAAAUUGGAGAUCAUGAUGACAGUCCAUCAGAUGUGACGGUGGAAGGAACUCCCCCAAGUCAGGAAGAUGGAAAAUCACCUACCACUACCCUGAGAGUGCAAGAGGCAAUUCUGAAAGAGUUGGGAAGCGAAGAAGUUCGAAAAGUAAACUGCUAUGGCCAAGAAGUAGAGCCUAUGGAAACAACUGAAUCAAAAGACUUAGGAUCUCAGACCCCUCAGGCUUUGACAUUUAAUGAUGGCAUAAGUGAAGUGAAAGAUGAACAGACACCAGGCUGGACCACAGCAGCUGGGGAUAUGAAGUUUGAGUAUUUGCUUUAUGGUCACAGGGAACACAUUGUAUGUCAGGCUUGUGGUAAGACCUUUUCUGAUGAAGCGCGAUUGAGAAAACAUGAAAAGCUACACACUGCUGAUAGACCAUUUGUUUGUGAAAUGUGUACAAAGGGCUUUACCACGCAAGCUCAUUUGAAAGAGCACCUGAAAAUACACACAGGUUACAAGCCUUACAGUUGUGAGGUAUGUGGAAAGUCUUUUAUUCGUGCACCAGAUCUAAAAAAGCACGAAAGGGUUCACAGUAAUGAGAGGCCGUUUGCAUGCCAUAUGUGUGAUAAAGCUUUCAAGCACAAGUCCCACCUCAAAGACCAUGAAAGAAGACAUCGAGGAGAGAAACCUUUUGUCUGCAGUUCCUGCACUAAAGCAUUUGCUAAAGCAUCUGAUCUAAAAAGGCAUGAGAACAAUAUGCACAGUGAAAGAAAACAAGUUACUACAGCCAAUUCCAUCCAAAGUGAAACAGAACAGUUACAGGCAGCAGCUAUGGCUGCUGAAGCAGAGCAGCAAUUAGAAACUAUAGCUUGUAGUUAAAAGCAGGAACUUUAUCAGAAGUAAUAUAAGAAAUUAAAUUGAACACAAUCUAUUGUUGGUAUACGUUUAGACUGAGAAUUAUCUUUUCAAGAAAACAUAUUUUUAGAGGAAUUGAAUGCUACAUAGGAACACAUAGCAUUGCUUGGUUAGGUAUUUUAAAAUAUUUCAGAGAUGGGUAUUCUUUGAAUAUGAAAUAGUUUUGUUGUCAUUAGCAGUAUAAUGCACUAAUACCUGAUUUAAUUUGAGAAUAUGAUCAAGUUCUCUAUAAAACAGGAAUCAUCACCAGCUGAUGUUUUGUUUCAUCCAGUAUGGAAUACUGCAUACAAUGUCGACAUCGAAAUCAGUGAGUUUUGUUUGAAAAUGCUGAGAUCUCAGAAAAUAACAAAUGUGGAAAGGAAAUACUUGGUUUUCAUAAUUGUGAAGGUGUUAUACCUACAGUUUUUGAGAAACAGAUGUUGAUUCCCUAAGCUUUGUAAUUCCUCCUUUUUUCACCUAAUGUAGGUGCUAGAGGUUGGUACAACAGAGUGUAAGGGGGGGACGGUGAUCAAAAUGAAAUUGCUUCUUAUUCUAUUCCCUCAGAUAUCCUUUUAUUUUAAUCAAGGUGGCAAGUUUAAUGAAAUACUUGCUUUCCUGAAAAAACUGCAUUAUUCACAGUGGUCCCGGCUGCCAAAGCAAAAGGGUCGUGGCAUUCACCAGUCCCUUCUGUGGGAAAAAGAGUCUGCCUUGUUUGUUUCUGUGUUCACUCUUAUGCAGGCCCCUGAAGACGGGACAGAGCCACACAGGAAAAAGGGUGCAGCAUGGAGAAGGAGACAUGUUCCUUACUCUGACCCAGUAGAAAUUAGUUAAAGCUAAUACAGCCUGAGGCUGUAGGUUUUAUUCUGCAGCUUUCAGUUCACCUAACCUAGCACAGGUA